AUGGUGGUGUCUCCGGACCGGCUGGAAGCUCUGCGGCAGAUCCUGAGUGACGAGAUCCUGAAUCAGUUUGCAGAGGCGCUGCUGGACUGUUCCUCGCUGGAAAACCUGAGAAACCCAGUUUUGCGCUUGGAAGCCUUUGUUGAGAAUGGCGACAACCAGAGUGACAAUCGCAAGCGGAACAGGGACCAAGGGUCCCCGAUAGUGUCGCAAAUCGUCGACAUAUCAGGCAUUCUCGCCGCACCCAAGUCUGCUCGUCUUUCUGGGUGCAUUUCCCCGCCGCCGAGCUCGGCUGCCCGCGAGAAUCUGGACGACCAGGGCGGCGGCGUCGAUGACUCAGGACACGGAACCGUGGGUUUCAACGCUGCCCCGGCCCUCUCUGUACCAUCCGCCGCCACUCGAGUCGCUGCCGCCAAUCACGCGGGCGAUGGGACCGCUUCUCCCCGCAGGAUGCUCGGCGCUCUACGCCCCGCGCCCGAGCGUGAUGUCAUUGACACCAAUCGCCAGAUGGAGGUCAUCGACAGCUUUCCCAAGAGGGCCAAGACACAGGCAGCCGCAUCCUUGACCCUAGAGCAGCCGACCCUGACCAAAUUCGUUACCAACCUAUGGGACCAGCUUCAUGGUAGCGCCGUUCUGGAACCUCAGCUCCUAGAAGGACUCGCGCUGCUGACCUCUGUCUCUAGUGGCAGCACAUUGUUGACAGAUGGCACUGCCCAGGGCCCAAGUCGCGAGAUUAUUCCCGCGACCGCUCGAACCGACCUUGGCAUCACGACGGCGGUCAGCUCCUCCUCCGGCGCCGAAUCAUUGUUCAGCCGCAGCAAUGUUGUUUGCCGCAAAGUGACCCAGGCGAGCCGAACCUGCCGCUCCGUCGAGGUCAUCGUGCAGGCACGCUGGGUAGAAGAAUUUGACGAGUACGUCGAGUGUCUAGCCGCAGAAAACCCCGCCAUGUCGCAAACCAAGUGCCGCAAAGCUGCGUUGAUGGAGGCGUGUCGUGAUUUCCAAUGGUCGGAGAAGGAGCUUCGAAACAAAAUGGCCGUUUGGAGAAGCUACAAGGACGUCAAAGAUGCAGCCGGGUGGUCGGCCCUUGUAUUUUCGGGCAUGGGGCUUUACCGCCUUUGUAAAUAUCGGAUUGGCCUAAAUCAAAAGGGUUUGGAUACGCUCAGACGGCUGCGGCCACGCCUAGAGGUGGUCGCGGACACUCUGCACCCGCAGUGGCGCCAAUUGCUGGCUUUCAUCGGGCAAAGUACCAGAUGCACAUUCACGGGCCACCCCCACGACUGGGUGGUACAGCCGGACGGUUCCGAUCCGGUGCCCCUUUUAUCCACUUACCGCGAGCCAGGAAUCGUUUCUGCCUUUAAGCACCUGGAGGAGUCAGUUGUCGACACGCUGGCGUGGCAUGGGGACGACCCGCGCUAUGUUCCACCCGUCAACGUUGCGGCGCCGCUGGCCAACUGCCAUGCCUGCGGCCAGACGCAGUCUGAUGAUCCAGAACACAACCAGUGUUGCUGUUUCCCAGCGCUGUUUGGCUCCGGCCGGCGCCGACCAGCCUCGGUGCAGGUGUUUCGGACACAGGAUGGGCGAAACAACGGGUUGCUGGCACUGACGUCCGUGGAGCGCGGCGUGGCUAUUGGGGAGUUUGUCGGGCUCAUCACAAAGGGCGUUGAGGAUCUCGAUGUCAUGAAUGCGUCGACGGGGGUGCGGUCCUAUCAGAUAUGGCAGGGGAGGCAGGGGAACUACACGCGCUUCAUCAACCACAGCUGCAACCCAAAUGCGCAGUUUCAACACUUUAUCUGGCAAAGCACGCAGCGCAUCAUCUUGGUGAGUAAAGGCAUUGAAGCAGGCAGCGAGAUUACGGUAGAUUACUCGGAAAGCUACUGGUCGGGCCUCAAUAAGCGUUGCUUGUGUGCUGAAAGCUGUUGCCGCUACAGUUGA